CCCGGAGCGGGUGCCUGGAGCCCAGGCCCGGAGCGGAGCGAGGCGCCGGGAGCCGGUCCGCCGGCCGCGUCCGCGCAGGUGGAAAAAGAAGUCCCAGGCCCGUGCUUGCUGCCUGACUUCAGGGCGCCUUGUGAACUGCUUUACUUCGUUGGAUGAAGACCUGUUGCCCGCUGCAGUGUAGAGACCAACUACCAGGUUGUCUUUCUUAAGGUGUCCUUGAAUGAGAGGAACAAGGACUAGAAGAGGAGGAAGAAGACGGGUAAGGAAGACACACGACUUUGACCUGCCCAAUCAGGGUGGACAGAAUGCUGCUCCUCUGCCACAUUCUAGCUGUCACCAUCCUUCAGAUCUUGAUCAUCUCAGAGAACUGGGUGUUUGCGAAGAACAUCAAUUUCUACAAUGUGAGGCCCCCUCUUGAUCCCACACCAUUCCCAAACAGUUUCAAGUGUUUUACUUGCGAAAAUGCAGGGGAUAAUUAUAACUGCAAUCGAUGGGCAGAAGACAAGUGGUGUCCGCAGGACACACAGUAUUGUUUGACAGUUCAUCACUUCACCAGCCAUGGAAGAAGUACGUCCAUCACGAAAAAGUGUGCCUCUAAAAAUGAAUGUCAUUUUGUUGGCUGCCGACACAGCCGAGAUUCGGAACACACGGAGUGUAGGUCUUGCUGUGAAGGAAUGAUCUGCAAUGUAGAGUUGCCCACCAACCACACAAAUGCAGUCUUUGCUGUAAUGCACGCUCAGAGGACGUCUGGCAGCAGUGUCUCCAGUGUCCCCAGUCCUUACCUCCUGGUGCUGGCCUGGCUCUUCAUGCUUCCCUUGCUAUGAUGUUGCAGUUCCCAAGAGAAGCAGAGACCAGAGAUGUAAAGCACAGAAACAGUGGGCCAGCGAACUCUGGAGUGAAGGUCCAUCUUGCACUUGAUAAAGAAGAUGCAUUGGACUACAAAGUAGAAGGCAAAGGUUUGCUUUGCUGAAAUGCUCCUGCAUGAGGUCAGAGCACUGAGCAUGAGGACUUGGUAGGAACCAAGAGGACGACCUAGCAUCCAGUGUUCUGGUCCAGAGAUGCUGCAUUUUGUCAGUUCUAUAGAAGAGCCAACCAGCAUUUUUGACAGCAAGAGUAGCUUGAUAAGCCCAGGCCUGACUAGGCCUUCACCUAGAAGGACUUUUUUGACCUCAUGGACUCCCUCAGAGUCUGCUGGGUCAGACUCUUGUUUCUAUGGCUAUCUCAGAGCAUCUCUGAAAUGUAACCCUUCUGCCCAUUACUGUAAUAAGUACUUGAGAUGAUCCAUUUGUAAAGAUAAAUGGUUUGUUUGGGCUCACAGUUUUGGAGAUUGCAGUAUAUACUGGUUUGGGGCCUGUGUUAGCGGGUGAGUAGCCACUUAUAAAUAGAAACUUGAAAAGUGGGAGAGGAUGGGCUGGAGAAAUGUCUCAGCAGUUAAGGGCAGUGACUGAUCUCCUGGAGGACCCAGGUUUGAUUCUCAGCACUCACAUAGCAGCUCACAACUGAAAGCUCCAGUGCCAGGAGAUCCAAUGCUCUCUUCUGGCCUCUGUGAGUACUGCAGACAUGUGGUGCACAGACAUACAUGCAGGUAAAACACCCAUAUACAUAGUUCUUUGUAAUAAAGGGAAAGGAAGGAAAAAGAGAAAGAAGCAGGGGUGGGAGAGAGAGAGCAUGCACUUAAGAUUCUAUAGUACCCUUCAAGGUCGUGUUCCCAACGUCCUAAAUUCUCCGACUAGCCCCCGUUUCCUAAUGGUACCGAUGGGCUGAGGACCAACACUUUAACCCUGUAACAGCCAGGAUCCAAACAAUAGUAUCCACUAACCACCUAGUCCGUGAGCAGAGCAACUGCAGGAGGAGCUUUCCAGUUCAUUCUGUGAAUCCAUUUGUCAAGUACGAGCUGGUUGGGGAUAGGGUGCAAACCUUUGAGUUAUACAGUGUAAUGCAUGCUGCGUGUUUCUUGAAAUGUGGAGGCCUCUAAUGAAGCACAUUUACCAGUGUCACUAAAUUUGUGUUUCCAGGCACCAUGGGUGAUACAUGCUGUCUGAAAGAAUAAAAUUUUAUGCUGAUGUGACUUAA